AUAUAUUGUGCAUCUUUAGUUUCUAUGCUUUUCUGGUUGAAAUUAUAUUUCUAGACUAUGAGGGUGCAUACAUAUGCUACAGUGGCUGCUUACCCUGGGAAAUGUGCUACAUGUUAAAGGUCAGUCUGGUUACAGCUUCAACCACAACAAACAUGCUAACAGCUUAUAAACACACAUCACUUUAAUACAUUAACAUUUUAAGAAGGAAAUACUAAGAUUAAAACAAAUACUGCAUUCAUGCACAGCCUUAUAUUGCCAGAUUGACAUAAAAAAAGUAUGCAAAUCAGUUACUUUUAACUGCACAGUCUGCACAUGUUUUUUUUUUUUUCACACUUUGGCAAAUCGUUCCACGUGACGACAUUCAAGUUCACUUCCUGAAACUACUUUCUCACUAUUACUGAGCAAACCUCAAUCUUCAUAUCUUCACAUCACCACUUGGCAGAUGACAAUGGAGUACCAGAACAUUUCUAACAGCUCUCUGUCUGCCCAUACCUCAAUGAUAGUAUCCAGCACUGUUCUGGGAUUGUGCUGUGCUCUGGGUGUACCAGGUAAUAUAGCGGGGCUGGUCAUGCUCACCCAACAUUUAAAGGAGGGCAGUUUUACCCCCAAACUGAUGCUGAGUCUGGCUGUCUCGGAUCUAUUGAGUCUGAUUUCUCUGCCUGUGUGGAUCUAUGCCCUCCUGAAUGGCUGGGUUUUUGGUCACGGUCUUUGUAAGUUAAUUUCUUAUGUAGUUUACUGGAGCCUCUACAGUAGUGUGCUUUCUGUCACCUUGUUGAGUGUGCAAAGGUACCUGCAGGUGCUGUAUCCACAGAGAUGGGCAAAACUUGGACAGAAGGGCCAAAAGGGGCUGAUUUUUGGGAUAUGGACAUUCAGUGGAGCCCUGGGUUCUUAUGCUCUUUAUUUCCGAAACGUGAAGAAGAAGAAGGACAGGCUUUUACACUGUUAUCAGGAUUAUACAAAUAAACAAGAACAAGUAGCUGUCUUACUUGUAGAGACUCUAUUGAUGUUUGUUGUGCCUCUCUUCAGCCUGUUGUUCUUCUACCUUCGACUUCAUCAACGGAUAAGUCAGUCAGCUUCCUUCAAAAGCCAAAGGCUGACAAAACUGGCCGUCAGAGUCGUAAUGGCCUUCUUCAUAUUCAGCACCCCCUGUAUGGUCAACAACUUGGUCUUAAUGGCAUUGUCAUGGGAAUCAGAUGUCAGCAAUAAUGUUACCGGGGCUCUUUUCUUCAUCAACAGUUGUGUGAACCCCUUUCUUUACGCCUUCUCGGCCCGUACACUGCGAUGCAGAAGAAAACAGCAUUCAGAUGAGCCACAACAACAUCAAAAUAAAACUGAAAAUGGUAAGGAAAGUGGUCAUGCUGAGGCAGGUAAACCACACUUGGUUUUCUGACUGCAGCUUUAAAAGAGAGAUGACCUUUCUGAACAAACAAUAAAGGAAAUUCAACCUCUACACAAAGAAAAAGGAUGCCAACAAAGACUUAUUUUGUUGUAAUUUGUUGUUUGAAUUAAAUUCUAAAUGAAAGUGGUUGUACAACAACAUGGUUGUGUCUGCAAACAUAUUUUUUAAAGUUGUAAAAAAUGAUUUUCGGAGUAAUUUUACAAUAAAGCACUGUUUCAGACUUUCUAUUUAAAUAUUCACAUUAAGUUCAAUGGGUUGCUUGCUGUUUCUUUGUCAGUUUCUUUUGUGAAAUUUACUAUUAUACUACUAAAUUUACUAAAUGGUAGUUUAAUGAGGAAAGUUUUUUAAUUUUAUUAUUUACAUAUCUGCU